UGCUAAGUAUAAAGUGAUAGUGCAUUGACAAGUUAGUGAAAUAAUAAUUAUUAUCCUGAUGUGAAGAGCAUGAGCAUAAUAUUUACCUGAUGAAUAUGGAAGAUAAACAGGAAUUCACUCCCAGUUCCCAACAAUGUGAACAAUCGUUUUAUUCCAUAUUAGGAUGUGAUCAGGAUGCUACUUUCGAUGAAUUGAAACACAACUAUCAGAUCCUAGUCAAGAAACAUCACCCUGAUAAGCAAACGCAAGAAGGAAUUGAUUUUAUCUCUGAUGACAAGUUUGUUAUGAUUGAUAAGGCAUUCAAAACAUUGAAAGAUGAGAAAGCGAGAAAGGAAUACGACGCCUCCUUACUACAUGGUAGUUUUGAUAACAGUUCUUUGAUUUAUGCAGAAAUAGAAAAAAAGGACUUGAAUUUUGUUAUGGGUGUUUUUUAUUUUACUUGUAGAUGUGGUGACAAUAUUGAGAUAACUGAGGACAUUAUUGAGGAAGGAGAGUGUAUAGUGGAAUGCUCUGAAUGUACAAAUUGUAUAUUGAUUAAAUGAUUUUUGCAU